AUGGCACUAGUAGAGGCAAGUGAAAAAGGCAACUACAUCAAAAUGAAAAAAGAUAGAACAUACUACUUAGAAGACAAUUUUAAAAUUAUAAAAUUUGAUGAAGGGAAUGUCGACAAUGAAGAGAAUAACAGUUCGAUAGAGAAUAACACAUACAACAAAAAUAAAAACAUGUACAACAAUAUUUAUGAAAAAAAAAAAAAAAAAAUGAAUAAGAAAAAAGUGAGUGAAAAUAUGAAUGGAGAUACGAAAGAAGCGAAAUAUGAUAUGAAGGAAGGUAAGAAGGAAGAAAGGAAAAAGAGUAAUGAGGACAAGGUAUUGGAGGAAGAGCUCGAGCGAGAUUCACAGCCUGACGAGGGAAGUGAUCAAGAUGUUCAAUAUGAAUCGAAUAGUGAACCGCGGAUCGAACAGCAGAACGGACCACAGAACUGGCCGAAGCACGAGCGAGGUGGACAUGAGAAAGGGGGGAAAUUAUUCCGUUUGUCCGAAUAUGAUACAUGUGAAAGCAAAGACAAAAAUUAUGAUUCGUUCCGUAUGAAUUGGAAACACGUGAAUAAAAGGAGCAUUAAAAAUUUAGGACUAGUAAAGAAUAAAAAAGUUUUUAAAAAUCAGCAAAUUCUAUACGAUUUUUACGCAAAUGAAGAUAUUACAAGAACAGAAAAACAUUAUGAAUUUGUAAUGUAUAACGAUAAUAAAGAAAAAGAACAAAAUUUUCCAAAAAAUAUCAAAUAUUAUAAACAGCAAAAGAAAGAGACGAUUUCUUUUGAAGAAAAGGAAAAGAACAAUUAUUACAAUGGAAGGUAUCUCAGUUGCAUGUAUAAUGAAAAAAAAGAAAAGAAUUAUAGUAGUAAUAACUAUGGUAUGUAUGUAAGAGAGCCAUGUAUAAGGUCAUAUAUAGAACCCUGUACAGAACCAUAUAUAGAACCAUAUAUAGAACCAUAUAUAGAACCAUGUAUAGAACCAUGUAGAGAACCAUGUAGAGAGCCAUAUAGAGAGCCAUAUAGAGAGCCAUGUAGAGAGCCAUGUAGAGAGCCAUGUAGAAAACCAUAUAUCGAACAACGUAUAGAACCAUGUAUAGAACCAUGUAUAGAACCAUGUAUAGAACCAUGUAUAGAACCAUGUAUAGAACCAUGUACAGAACAAAAUUUCUUUAAUCAAAGAAUGAGUAGAAACAACAGCAUGGGCAAUAUGAAGUGCUAUAUGUAUGAUCAGCCUUACGUAGAUGGUAACAUAUUAAGAAGUGCCUACAGAAUUAGUGGUAAUGUCAAUGUCAACAGUAGUACUGGUAACAGUUUCGUCAAUGCCAAUAGAAGUAGAAGUAACAGUAACAAUCCGUAUGCAUAUUACUGCAAUGACUACUUCUACCUAGAAAGUGCUCCACUUGAAAAUACAUUAAACAGCAUGCAUCAUUGGAAGCAGCAGCAGCAACAGCAGCAACAGAAGCAGCAACAGAAGCAGCAACAGCAACAGCCGUAUAUCAUUAUGAGGAAAAAUGCCGUAUCAGUGCCCCGCGUCCCGCAGAGCGAACUGACGAAGCAUAUUCCUGCAGUCAACGUGAACACACUAUCUCAUUGUACCACAAAACUUGGUCCACCUAUGCUGAAUAAACUACAAGAUUGUAUUAAAGGUGCGAAUACGUACCAAAAAGAUUUUCAACAUACAAGAAUGAAAGAAAAAGUACAUGAUCAAUAUUAUAGAAUCAAAUUAUGUCCCUUUCUAAAAAAAGGACUAUGCCAGAAAGGGGAUAAUUGUUCAUAUGCACACUCAACAGACAAGUUAAGAAAUAUCAUUAAUUUAACUAAAACAAAAAUAUGCGAUUUGUGGAUAAAAAAUGAAUGUCAAGAUGAGCAUUGUGUUUAUGCACAUGGUGAACUAGAAUUAAGAGCAACUCCAGAUUAUUAUAAAACUAAAUUAUGUAAAUAUUUUGAUAAAGAAGGGACGUGUCCCUCAGGAGAUAAAUGUCGACAUGCACAUGGUCACACAGAAUUAAGAAAAAGAAAUUAUAGACGAACAGAAUUAGAAAAAUAUGCCUUAAAAAAUAAAAUAAAUAUGAAAUUGUUGUAUAAUGAAAUGAAAAAUGUAAGAGGAGACCUCCUCGAUUGCAUCUUCAGCACCCACAACAGGAAAAGCGGAAAAGAAGACCAUGAGCCGGAUGGGACAGACAUCCACUCGGAGCAGCAUGAGGAAGCUAGAGGAAGCGAAGUGAACAUCGAAAGGCAAAGCGGAAGGGACAACUGUGAAAGGAUGGGGGAACAUGGGGACAGUAACAUCCAUGAGAAGUAUAACGAUGACUACAAAAGUAGAAGUGGCAACAGCGAGUAUCACUCUCCCAUUCGUGUUACUGCAAGUUUAACAAUCACCAACGAAAAUAGAGAAAAGGACCUUCUCACAAAGGAAUAUAAAUUUACAGAAAGUGAUUGUACCAGUGAACUGAAAAAUGUUAGUACAUCCAACUAUUUUGUAAAUCAGGAGGAAGAGAGUAAUAUCCCUUUACCUAAUAUCAGCGGAAUGAAUGAUAGAAAUGGGGAGGAGUUAGGAGAAAGACACAGUGAAGAAAGAAAUAAUGGUAGUGAUAUAUUAUGUUUAAAUUGUGAUGUUCAAGGGGAAAAUGCACUAGCAGAAAAUGAUUUAAGUGCACAUGAGGAGAAGGAACAGAAAAGACGCUGUGAAAAUGCUGAAGAAGUGGGAAAAGUACAAGUUGUGGUUGAAGAAAAUAAGGAAACCACAUCAAGUGAGACGGGGCAAAGGGACAACUCUAAACUAAAUAGCCAUAUAACGAAUAAUGGUGGAAAUACAUUUAGCAAAAUAGGAGGAAAAGAGAAUUAUGAGAAGGACGAAGCGUCAACCAAUAAUAAUAAUCUUUUUGAAAAGAACCCAUACAAUGAGUUCUCCACAUUAGACAAAAUGGAUAAUAAGGAAGGGGAGGCACAUGAGCAAAGUGAACAAACGGAUUCAAAUAAAAACAAUGAACAGGACUUAGGAAAAGAAGAAACAGGGUCAUUUGAUAAUACACAUGAUGAAGGUAGAAAAAUAUAUAAGCAAGUGAUAACAGAGGAGAAGCAGAAAGAGAAUUUGAAUGAGAACGGAGGAAAGAAUACAUGUUUAAGAGCUAAGGACGACCAUCAAAGUGCGCAAAAUGACCACAGUGCGAAGAACAUACUUAUGGGGGGAGAAGAGAAUAGCAGUAAUAAUAAUGAUAACAACAACAACAACAACAACAAUAAUAAUAAUAAUAAUAAUAAUAAUAAUAAUAAUAAUAAUAAUAAUAGUAAUAAUAAUAAAAGAGAAGAUCCUCAAGCUAAUUUAAAGGAGGAUGUUGGACAAAAGGAAAGAAAAAUGAAUAACAGUUGUAUUCUUGAGAGUAAUAUAAACAAAAUAAGUAGAGACGAAAUUAAUUGUGCAUAUGAUGACUACAAGAAAAAUAAUGGAAAGAAGGAAAAUUUUACAAAAGCCGUUUUUUCGUAUACAAAACUUAUGAAAGAGGUAGAUGAUGCAUAUUUAAAGAAGGAACAUGGAAUAGAUAAAACGAAUUAUAUACCUCCACACUUCAAUUAUUAUGUCAAGACAAAUGUCAAAUAUAAUAAAUAUAAAAAUUUUAAAGAACGAGGAAAAGAUUUUGCAAAUGAUACAAAUUGUACAGCAAGAAAUGAAAAUAAGAGAGGACAUAAUUCAAAAAGAAAUAAUAUUUCUGCAAACAAUUCUUCUAAUUGUACUACUACUACUACAUCAAGUAAUUAUAACAUCAAAUAUGCUAAUAACAAAUAUAAGAAAUACAAUAUCAUAGACAAAUGUAUAAACGGUUUCAGGAGCUAUGAUAGGGGCAGUUUCGAAUACAACAAGGAGGUAAACACCAUUCAUAAGGAAAACAAUGCAGGCAGUGGAAGUGGCAGUGAAAGUGAAAGUAGCUAUAUAAGGGUCAGUGGAAGCGUUAACGGUGGAGGUCAUAACAGGAGCAGUAUCUCAUAUGUAACAUCCAAGAAUAACUGCGCAGGCGAUGUAAGAAGUGUUGAUGGUUUGAGCAAUAGGGAGGAAUCAAAAAAUUAUAAUAACAGAAUUCAAAAUAACUACAAUUACAAAUUUGCUAAUAGGUCUAUAAAUAAUAUGUAUAUAUUACCACCGCCUAGUUUAUCAAAUUGUAAUUUUGAUGAUUCAGAAAAAUUAUUACCUACAUGUUGUGCUAACACAAAUUCUUUUUAUAUGCAAAAUAGUAUUACAAGGUUAAAUGAUAGCAAUAACAGCUUUCUUAAUAGUAACCCACAAAAUUUAGCACAUACAUACUAUGACAGGAACAAUGCUAUUAUAAGUAAUGAUAUGAUGAUCAUGAUGAUGCACGGUCAUCCUGUUUUUCCUGUAAAUACACUAGUAAAUAAUUUCAGUUAUUACAAUUAUAAUAUCAAUAAUAUUUUUCCAAAUCGAAACGAUUCUUAUAAUUUUUUUAAAGCUCAAAUGAACAAUAUGAAUAUGCCAUACCAGAGGCCCCUUGUUGGGGGAGUACCCAAUGGGGCCUCCACUGCUACGUUGUUAACUCCUGUAAUGGGGAUACCGCCGAUGGGGUUUUCUACAAUGGGAAUGACUAAUAUGAACAGAAAUAACAAUACUAGUAGCAAUAGUAAUAAUUAUAACAACUCACAGCAUGCACUAAGUGCAUCAAAUUUGAGCUAUCAUCCCAUUUUUGGCACAUCCCCACCUAGUAUUCUGUUAAACCCAACUACUGUAUCAAAUGGUGCUCCAAUUAUUGCACCAUAUGCUACUCAAAACACUUCCUCCAAUAAGCCGCUGCAGUCCAAACCCUGUGUAUUUCCAUACCAAAAAAAAUUGUACGAUUACCCAAAUGUGUUCAAUGAACAAGUAAAUACAAUGUAUAGUAGUGAAAAUCAACACAUUAACACAACAAAUUCCAGUAGAUGUGAAAAUAUUGAUGUUCCAUUGAAUGCCCUAAUAAGUAACAGCAACUGUAGUAAUAGAAGGGAUUCUAUUACCUAUGGAAAUAUGGCCACCAUAAAGAAUGAUAGCUUUUCACUUAACCAAAAAAAUAUGCAUUUAAAUUUGACAAAGUUCGAAUCUGGAAAAAGCAUACAUAACAGGAGAUCCAAUAUGUCAAAUAACAUAUAUAAUAACAAUAAAAAUAAUGAAAUUAAAAAUGAUAUAUUUAAGUCAGACACACUUAUAGAAAAUUCAUACAUGAAUGAUAUAUCGGGUGUUCCAAUCAAUGGAAAGGAGAAAAAAAAAGAAAGUAUUUUAUUACCUUAUUAUUCAAAUAAAAAUUAUGAAAGAAGAAUGAAUAACAUGAAUUUUAAAAAUUAUAAGAAUAAUAGUAGUAAUCCCUUUUAUAACCACCUUUCCAUUGGUGGUAAUAACAUCAACCAGGAUUGCAAUGAGGAGCAGGUUUACACUUAUCAUGCUGUAUACAACAACAGCGUUGUCUAUAGCAACGACCAUGCUUACAACAACAAUAAUACCUAUAGUACCACCAACAGCAACAGUAGCAUCAUUAACAACCACGCUUAUGCUAUUAAUCAAGAAUAUGGUAACAAUAUAUAUAAUAACAACUACCUUUACACUAAUAACCACAUUUAUAUUAAUAAUAGUAUUAGUAGAUCACCUAAGUGCAGCGGAAACAUAGUUAAGAAUACCCUUAUCAGUAGUAAUCCCCAUUAUAGUAGUCUUAGCGGUACUAAUAACACUAGAAGUAAUAACAACAGCAGCAAUAGCAAUAGCAAUAGCAGUAGUAACCCGAGCCACAUAUACCAAAGUAAAACAAGAUUCAUUGAUGAGAUGAAAAAUAUAUCGCCAGAAGAAGUGCAAGAAGCUGUUAUGCAUAACCUUAUGGAAUUUAAAGACUAA